CCCCUAAAGAUUUAUUAUUUUUUUUAAGAUUUUAUUUUUAAGUAAUCUCUACACCCAACAUGGGGCUGGAACUCACAACCCGCAGAGCAAGAGUCUCACACUCCACCGACUGAGCUGGCCAGGCGGCCCAAGCUGUACUUUCUUUUUAACACAAUAGAACCAGUCAGUGAGAGUGGAAAGGAUCCAUUUUACAGAAGAGAAAGUUGAGGCUCAGAGCGUUUGAAGUAACUGCUGCAAAGACAGCAAGUGAGUGUGGGGUUUGGGGUGCAGUCGUCCUGCACGAUGCCUUGUAGGAUUUUUGUGGAAAUGUGUUGUGCUUCCUUGUGUCUAAAAACCAAAAUGCAGCUGUAUUGGCUGCCUGCAACACUCUAAUGUUUUAAGGUAUCACACAAAAUAAAACAUCAAGAGUCAUUUAAUAGAACUCCGAAAGUGAAAAAAUUCACAUUCCCUUAAAUCAGAUGGUUUCGUGUCUAGGACUUUACCCUACACGUAAACUUUUCACUCGUGCACGAGGGUGUCUAUAGUUCAGUGGUUGUCGGUAACAGCCAAAGGCCGUGAACAAUCUAAAUGUCUGAUGAGAGGCAACUGGUUACAUUAAUUAGGGGCCAUUUAGAAAUAAGAUAUUACACAGUUGUUAAAAUGAUGAGAUAUAGAUGUGCUGAUAUGAAAUUAUCUCUGAUAUAUUUUGUCCAAGGGGGAAAAAUAUAAGGUACAGAAGAUGGAUAGGGUGUUACCAUUUGUGUUUUAAAAAUGGACUGUAUGGCGUUCCGCUUCUGGCAUGACCAAAUGCGGAGCUCGGCGCACCUGCCUGCCUGAAAACUGGUGCAAAUCAUAAAAACAAAAUAACAGGGGCGCCCGGGUGGCUCAGUUGGUGAAGCAUCUGCCUUCAGCUCAGGUCAUGGUCCCAGGGUCCUGGGAUCCAGCCCCGCAUCGGGCUCCCUGCUUAGUGGGGAGCCUGCUUCUGCCUCUGCCUCUUCCUGCUGCUCCGCCUGCUUGUGUUCGCUUGCUCUCUGUCAAAUAAAUAAAAUUUUAAAACAAAAUGACAGACCAACCAUCUGAAGCUUCUGGGGAUGAUCCAGAGAGCACGUAGCAAACAAGUAAAAAAAUAAAAUCCAAAAGUUUGAUGAGAACAGGGAGAAUCAAUGAUGGGUGAGCCAAUAACCGCCCCCCAUUCCUGACUGGACUCCCUCCCCGCCCCCAACUCCCAGUUGGAGGCCUUUCCUCCCGGGGAGGGGCAGAGUGUCAGCCUUUCUCAUCCUGCUCCCAGCUACCUGUUGCUGAGGCCAAGUUCUGCACAGCUGAAGGGUGGGGGCUCCCUUCCUUGGCCCAGCCCAUACUUGGGGAGCUCUGUUAGAUGUGGUGUGGCUGAGAAGACUGGGGCCCUGGCUGCCCCUUUCUGGCUUCUGGGGCAGGAGUUUCACAUCAAGAGGGCAAGCUAGAAGAUGGGGGGCUGCCGCCUCACCCCACUGAGGACCCGCUCCCAAAGCGGGAUUGCUCUGAACGAAGCCGACCAUUGUCUCCACCCUGGUAUCAGAGCUAUGGCUCAGAGAUUUUGUCUGCAGGAGAAGCAGGCUGCAGAGCAGAGAGCUCCAGAUCUUUCCUCGAAGGAACUGACUCUCUUUGGGACAGUGUGUGAAGUUCAAGGCUAACGGUGCCUCCGAAACAGCAGAGGUCGUCGUGUGAGGCAGAUGGGAGGAGAGUGAUAGAUUCCGGCUGGUUUGCCAGAGAGCCAGGGAAAGAGACAGCUAGCAAGAGCCGUCCUUGGGUCCGAACUAAUCUCAAACCAACUUGUGGGACUUGGGGAGUAACCCUUCCAAGGAUCCCUGAUUUGACUGGAUCAAUCUCUGAAAGAGUUUAUGACCCCGAAGUGUUGAAAACAAUGCGAACAGUAAAGCAAGCAGCCGAUGACUGGCGGAGCCCACCUGCCCAGCACGGUCAGGGCAACACCGGGAGAACCUGCCCAAACCGGCCAGGAUGACUGCGCGUGUCUAAGGCUCUGCUCCCUUCCCUGGCUCCACCCUGGUUGUGGCUGUGUGCGUAGCACUUCGCACUUAGUAUAAUUGUAAACUCGGUUGUUUUUGCUAUUAUGUUUCUCUUUCUCCAGAUCGCCCAGUUACCCCAUUCAGAGAGCCCUCUCUGCCCCAGGCUGGUUUUAGCAUCUUUGGGGAUCCUGCAGAUUCCUGGGCCUCCUUCACCUUAUCUCUGAGCCCUCUGCCUGUGCCUCCCCACACUGGGCUGUGGUUGUUUGGUGAUGGGUAUGUUUCCCCCAUUGGACAGGGAACCUGAUCCCUGGACCAGGGCUUUGCUGAUCAGGGCUCUGACCUCGGAAUCCCUCAGCCCAGGAAUGUGCACACAGCAGGCACUCGAGAAAUGACCUACUGAACGCAGGAAUAUUAGCGACAGUGAGGAGAACACUGGAGCAAUCUCUGUGUUCCUCACCUUGGAGGUGGGGUUUAGGGAUGGGAACUUUUAGGUGAGAUCUGGAGGUCCCUCCCGCCGGGUCCCAGCCGGGAGCAAUAGAACCUGCGCACAGUGUGGAACACGGUGUCACAGUGCCUCCUUGUGGUCGUCUUCCAUUUUAGAACCCUGGUGUGGGUGAGGCUCUCCCCGCCCAAGGAAGGAGGACCAAGCGGGAUCCCACCUGCCCCCCGCCCCCCCCGUUACCCCCGGGCCCCUGCCCCCACCAUGAACAACCAGGCGAGGGCCCCAACCCCCUCCCCGGCCCGGAUCUUGACCUCGGUCCGGGCUUCGACCCCGGUCAGAACCUCUAUUCCAGUCCGGACCCCAGCUCCUGACUGGGCCUCGACUCCGGCCCGGACCCUGAAUCCCGUCCAGAUCCCUAACCCCUCCCGAACCCCGACUCCCGUCCCCACCCGGGCCUGGACCCCGACUCCCGCCCAGACCCAGACCUCGGCCUGGACCCCAAAUCCUGUUCCGACCGUGGCCCGGACCCUGAAUCCGGUCCAGAUGCCGACCCCGGCCCGAACCCCAACUCCCGUCCCGACCGUGGCCCGGACCCUGAAUCCGGUCCAGAUGCCGACCCCGGCCCGAACCCCGACUCCCAUCCAGACCCGGACCUCCCCCCGGACCCCGACUCCCGUCCAGACCCCGGCCUCGGCCUGGACCCCGAAUCCUGUUCCGACCUCCGCCCGGCCCCCGAAUCCAGUCCAGAUGCCUACCCCGGUCCGAACCCCGACUCCCAUUCCGACCCCGACCUCCGCCCGGACCCGGACUCCCAUUCCGACCCCGACCCCGACCUCCGCCCGGACCCCGACUCCCGUCCAGACCCCGACCCCGGUCCGGAACCGGACUCCUGUCCGGACUCCGACCCGGAUCCGGACCCCGACUCCCGUGCGGAUGCCGACCCGGGUCCGGACCCCUAUUCCGGCCGAGAUGCCUACUCCAAUCUGGAUCCCGCCUCCGGCCCCGGCUCCAACCCCAAUUUCAUCCCGGGUUGGGGUCGAGAUCACGCCCGCGGUCCCUGCCUCGGAAUCCUUCCCGGACUCGGUCCUACCUUUGGAUACGCCCCCAGGACCCGCUUCCGAGCCGGCUUUACAGCCCGCCGAGGAUGUUUCGCCCACGCCUAGUGUGAAGCACCUCCCAUCCGUCGCCAGUGGACUUGGGUCCAAGCGAGAGUCCAUUCUUAUCCACACUCCAUCGGCCACUGAUUUCCUGGGGCUCACCCGUGUCUCCACCUCGAAGACAGACUCCUCCGCCACGAAGUUGACAGAUUCCACUCCCCGGUCUGUUCUGGUGCCCAUCCUGGGGCCCGGCCCGUUCGCCCCCACCAUACCCGUGUCCACCAACACUUUCGCCCCCACCAGCGAGAACUUCCCGAUGGACAGCAAGAUCGUGAUUCGAGUGAUUUACUGCGGCCUCUGAAGCUAUGGCCUUCGGUUCAUUCUACUGAGAAAGAGCCUGGAGCAGCAAUUUCCAAACCGUCUCCUCUUUCAGGAGGAAAGAGCUGCCCAGGCUACAGGGGAGUUUGAAGUGUUUGUGGAUGGAAAACUAGUCCAUUCAAAGAAGAAAGGUGAUGGCUUUGUGGAUGAUGCCAGGCUGCAGAAAAUUAUGAGCAUUAUUGAGGAGGAGAUCAGCAAAAGGUAGCAGGCAACUGGCUGGAGGAGCCUCAGCAGGAUGCUGGGAAGGACUGAAAUAUUGCCAAGUCGGGUCCUUUUCUGAUGGUGGCUGGGGUGGGUCAGGGAGGGGAACAGGAAAAUACAUACAGUCUGCCUCCCUGCGUUCUGGUCUGACAGCGUCUAAUGUUGGCCCACCGUCUCCCGAGGUCUGUGGAGGUCACCUGCUUCUGGGCUCCCAGCAUCGCCAAAGGUCGUCUGGACUGGGAGAUGGGGCUGUGGGGGAAGAGAGGGCAGCUUUGAAGAGAAGCCUCGGCCCAUUGCUCCCCAGGUUUGCUCCUGGUCAUCUAGCCUCCCGUCCUAGAAUGCCAGUGUUGGGAGGGGUCUCAGGGACGGGGAGGGGGCAUCUGUGGAUUCAUGGGACAUCGACGGGCCCCCUACUCUGCACCUGGGCAUGAGCCAAGAGGUCACUGCAAGAUGUGGGAGUCAGACCUUUACUACGUUGUUGCUGUGACCUCCAAUAAGGGACCCUCUGUCUGGGAGCCUCAAUUUCUUCCUCUGUAAAAUGGGUGUCAUAACACUGUUUAACCAUGGAGUUCUCAAGGCCUGGCACAGAAUAAGGAGGUUUCAGCUGGGGUGC